GGCGCCGUUUCCAGUUGAGAGAUGGCGGCCGCCGCAGGUAGAUCGCUCCUGCUGCUCCUCUCCUCCCGGAGCGGCGGCGGGGGCGCCAGCGGCUGCGGCGUGCUGACUGCUGGCUGCUUUUCGGGGCUGGGAGUCAGCCGCCAGCGGCAGCAGCCACACCACCGGACGGUGCACCAGAGGCUCUCUUCCUGGCAGAAUUUGGGAGUUGUUUAUUGCAGUACUGUUGUGCCCUCUGAUGAUGUGACAGUAGUUUAUCAAAAUGGGCUACCCGUGAUAUCUGUGAGGCUACCAUCCCGGCGUGAACGCUGCCAGUUCAUACUCAAACCCAUCUCCGACUCUGUUGGUGUGUUUUUACGACAGCUGCAAGAAGAGGAUCGGGGAAUUGAUCGAGUUGCAAUCUAUUCACCAGAUGGUGUUCGAGUUGCUGCCUCAACAGGGAUAGACCUCCUCCUCCUUGAUGACUUCAAGUUGGUCAUUAAUGACUUAACGUAUCAUGUGCGGCCACCAAAGAGAGACCUCUUAAGCCAUGAAAAUGCAGCAACGCUGAACGACGUGAAGACACUAGUCCAGCAGCUGUACACUACACUGUGCAUCGAACAGCACCAGUUAAACAAGGAAAGGGAGCUCAUCGAGAGAUUAGAGGAUCUCAAACAGCAGCUGGCUCCCCUGGAAAAGGUACGAAUCGAAAUUAGCCGAAAAGCUGAGAAGAGGACCACUUUGGUGCUAUGGGGUGGCCUUGCCUACAUGGCCACACAGUUUGGCAUUUUGGCCCGGCUCACCUGGUGGGAAUAUUCCUGGGACAUCAUGGAGCCGGUCACCUACUUCAUCACUUAUGGAAGUGCCAUGGCCAUGUAUGCAUAUUUUGUAAUGACGCGCCAGGAAUAUGUUUAUCCAGAAGCCAGAGACAGACAAUACUUACUAUUUUUCCAUAAAGGAGCCAAAAAAUCACGUUUUGACCUAGAGAAAUACAAUCAACUCAAGGAUGCAAUUGCUCAGGCAGAAAUGGAUCUUAAGAGACUGAGAGACCCAUUGCAAGUACAUCUGCCCCUCCGACAAAUUGGUGAAAAAGAUUGAUCUGCAAAGAGCUUAUGAAUCCUGACAGAAAGAACACCUGUGUAUAACUCUUGCCUUUUUAAUUAAAGCAUUGCAGGUGGAAGCUGGGAGCCAUGUGGGGGUAGAGGGUUUUUACCUUUAAUUAUAAAACAAAAAAAAAUUCUUAGGGAAGAAAAGAAUGUUAAAAUCUGAGGAUCAGGGAUCAUGGAAUAUAAGCUCAAAGGGCUUAGUGAAUAUUGUCUUAAUCAGCAUCUCAGAUUUCAGAUGAAAUGAUCCAAUUAUAUAGUUGAGAGAUUCAUAAAGAGAAAAUGAUGCUGGAGUGUUUGUUUCUUGCAUCUUUGCAGGGUCAGCAAAACAGUAACACACCAGCACCCCACUCAACUCUAUUUUUUUUUAAAUUUAACAUUUCUUAUUUUUGACAUAGGAAUAAAUAAAUAUACCAGAAAAGCAAAUCCUCAUGUUAUGUGGGUGGCAAACAGAGUCUGAGCCCAUAUCAUUAGCAUUUAUCUUAAAUCGGACCCAGUCUCUGCAAAGUUACAAGGAAUCUCUCCCUCCUAGACCCCUUUUCUGACCACUGCCUGUACCUAUUGGUUACACUAAUUUAUCUAAAUGAUUAUUGGAGCCAAGUUAUGACUGUUUGAUAAUUGACACUUUAGAUUAUCCCUUAAUUCCUUCUUAAGUGUCUAUAUAUCCCAGUGCUCUGGAUGAGUAUAGAAAUCAUUGGCAACACUGCAUGAAGUUUUUCUGUUUUGUUUUGUUACUAAUUAUUUCAGAGGAGGAAGUAUUUUCCUCCUUUAUAUACCCAUCCCACUGAUAAUCCCCUCUCCCUUCACCAGGUUAGAGGGAGUGUGUUCCACUGUACCACCAAAUCAGGAAGAUGUGAUGUUUACAGAUUGGCUAAAAAAUCGUGGCUCUAUAGUCAUUUCAGAACCAGAAUAAUGUCACUGCUGUUAAUCUGCUUGUGUGACAGCAUUCCAGGCCACCCUGAUGGCACUGCCUUGUCUGGAGGCUUUGUUAAUCUCAAAGGACACAUACUUUCACACUGUUUGUGAGCCCUCCUUCCUCCACCGCUGCAGUUGUUGUAAAUCAAGUGUGUGGAUCUCAAAGGGUGCAUUUUAUCUUUAUACAGGAAUACAUUUCUAUAGCUUCCUUCAGCCUGCCUUCUCCACCCUAUUUUUUCUCACCUUAAAUUGAGAGAAAGAAUUAAUCUUAUAUUCUAUCAAAAUGUUUUCUACCAUAUUUUGAGCCAACACCUGCACUUGAAGAGUCAGAGGAAUCUGUGUCUAAUACCUGUUUUUCACUGCUGUGGAGGCACGAUGCCAAGGAUGACAGGCUUGCCACACAGCUGAUUGGCUCUUCUCUUUCCCAUGAUUCAUCCCUCCUCCUGUGGCAAAAGGUUUCUUUCUCUUUUUCUUCCUUCUUUGGGAUCAUUGUAUAUGAAGCGAAAACUUUUAAUGACAAACCCAGACUCCAGGUGCCUUGCAGAGGUUGAAGGCCAGCCAGGGCUACUGCUGCUUCCGCCACCACCCUUCACUGGCAUGACGAAUGAAAGGAUGCAUGUCGCCAGUCCCCAGCCCUCCUCCCACUCCCUUCCCUGUCCCAUCCCCCACCCCUGGUUUAUUUUCAUUGUGUGGAUUAUUUUUAAACCAUUUAUCCUGUUUGUGAGCAGGGUUUUUAAGAAGAAAUAGCACAGUGCCAUGAGCAAAUCCUUUUGGGGUGUGUGGGAGGCAAGGGAGGGAGGACAUGGAGAAAAGUCCUUUAAACAAUAGCAAAACAUUGAACGUGUAAAAUCCUGUAUCAUUUAUGAAAUAUGUAUAAAAAGCAAUGUACCUUCUGGAACAAUAAAUACUUAUUCGAUUUUUGAA